AUGCGUUUUGAGAAGAAAGGGAAGUUAAGUCCUCGAUUUGUUGGACCAUUUGAGAUCUUAGAGAGGGUUGGUGUUGUGGCGUAUCGCUUGGCGUUACCACCAUCACUCUCUGCAGUCCAUAAUGUUUUCCAUGUUUCGAUGUUGAGGAAAUAUGUGGCCGAUACAUCUCAUGUAGUAGACUAUGAACCCUUGGAGAUUGAUGAGCAUUUGAGCUAUGUAGAACAACCUGUGGAGAUUCUGGCUAGAGAGGUGAAGAUGCUUCGUAAUAGAAGCAUUCCAUUAGUAAAGGUUUUGUGGCAGAAUCAUCGAAUUGAAGAGGCGACAUGGGAGCGAGAAGAAGAGAUGAGGACUCGUUAUCCAGAGUUAUUUCAAGAUUAG